AUGUGGAGAGUUUUCAUUGUUAGGCUAGACGACGUCUUUCGCUUAGAAACUCAAUCUUUAAUAGAAUUUAAUCUAACAGAAUCAUGUUCGCAAACUAUUUCGUCGGCGAUUAAUGACGAAUCUUUAAACAACUGCAUUCCAAUGUUGACUUUAACUAUGAGCUUACCUACUCUUUUAAAUCAAUCCUCAAAUGAUCAAACUGUAAUGCUGAAUACUCUCGCACAACUCAUAAAAGAUACAUGUGCGUUAAAACCAUGUACUCCUGAUAUAAUUCAACAACUACUUCAAACACUAAAAUCUCAAUGCUAUCAAGAACUUGUUUCAAAAAAUUUAUUAAUCACUACCGUUUAUGAAUUAUUGAAGUAUUACGAUUUAAUUAGAGAUAUUAUUUGCUUAAGAGAUUCUGCAAAUAAAUUCAAUUCAUAUUGCAUGAUAGAGACUCUAAUCAAUAUCGGUCAAGCUCUCAAAAAUUCUUCCUCAACUUCUAAUAAUGUCGCUAGAAAUCGGUUUCCAAUUAACUUUGGUAAAAAUUCUACUAAUAUUAGCAAUAUGACAAUAGAUAAUGAUUUUCCAACAAUUACCAGUACAUCGAUUCCUUCUACAGGUUCUACAAUUUCUACAAGAGUGACAAGCAGUCCAACAUAUUCAAGAUCUAUUGAGACUUCAAAAGCGACAAGCAUCGCUACAAUUUUAACUACUACUAUUACUAAUAGUGCGAUUAGUUCGCCUACUUCUAAUCCAAUUUCUAAAAGUACUUUAAAUACUGCUUGUUCACCUGAUACGUCAUUGCUACCAAUGAUGACUCCUCUUUUAACUUUGUCAAGUCAAGUAAUCUGUACUGAUUGUAAUAAGGCAAUUUUUACUAAAAUACUCUUAUAUACUCAAAAUAAUCCAUCGGAUUUUAAUUGUACACCAUUUGAACCAAUACUUUCAUUAACUCCCAAAUUCUUUUCUCAAAAAUGUGAUUCUCAAUUUCUUGAUCAAACUAUUCCAAAUGAUAUUUCUAAUGCUUAUUCAAUUUUAAAUUAUAUUAAUACCUUUAGAUUUUUAGGUAUUGGUUGUUUAGUGACGUUGAUCCCUUUGGUUUUGUAG